UGCACUUCAAUCAAAGAUCCGAGGCCGCUCUAGGCCGACGCACUCGCCGACAUAACACGUGCAUUACUCACGAAAUAUUUUCAUAAAACCGAACCAAACGCACCCGUCCACUCCUCCCCGCGACCCCGCGUCCCCAGCAAAACCAGUUCAGUUCGUGCCCGGCUGCCGUGUGCGUCGGUUAUCUCGCGGAGAGAGUGUAUUCGCCGCGCUGUGUUACGAAAAAACAUCUUUUGUACCAUAACCAAACCAGUGCUGUGGAUUCCUAUUAUUGUAGUGCUCGUGUGAGAUUGUGCCAUUUCAUAUUGUGAUGUUGCCUGUUGGAGAUGUUAUAGUGAAGGAUUUCUCUUGAAAACUGUGGAACGGGUUCCGCCUGCCGCCGCCGGACGCCUUUUCUCCGAUCUCGGGAUAUCAUUAAGAUGCAAACCCAAGAUGAACCCGGAAUUUGACCACAAUCAACAACAAUUACUGUAAAAACAACCAACCACACCCAACCAUGUUUGAUCAUCCAAACCUGGACCCGAUACCAGAACCCUCUGGAAACCCGAUCACUACAAAAAAGAAGAGUCUACAAGACCUCAAAUAUCUUCUAGAAGACAGAGGAUAUAAAAGAAGAGGGUUAAAAGGGAGGAUUAGCAGUAAUAGUUAUGACAAUAAUAGGAAAAGAAUUAGUGUAGUGAGUGAAAGUUUACGUGGUUGGUGCUUUAGUAGGAUUAAAACUAUCAUUUUGUUAAUAGUGUUUGUGGUUGUUGAUAAUGUACACGCCAGGAGUUCAGAACCAAGGUACGAGACAGCAUACGCCUGCGAAGGCAAGACCUUGAAGAUCGGCUGCAGAGAAGGCUCGGUCAUUCACCUCAUCAGAGCUAACUAUGGAAGGUUCUCCAUCACGAUAUGCAAUGACCAUGGCAACACUGAUUGGAGUGUCAACUGUAUGUCUACGAAGAGUUUGCGGGUUUUACAUAGCAGAUGUAGUAUGCACCAAAACUGCAGUAUACUAGCCAGCACGAAUAUGUUUGGUGACCCGUGUCCUAACACCCUCAAAUAUCUGGAAGCCCACUACCAAUGCGUACCAGCCUCAACAACCAGCACAACAAACCGGCCAUCCCCUCCAUGGCUCAUCACAUCCCAGCCGACAGUCUGGCGGUCUACCCAGCCGCCCAUCCCCAAGAGUCCAGUCCAAACGCAGCAGAACGAGAGGAAGAAGCCCACAGUCAUCACCCCUCCGACCUUCAGGCCACAUAUCACGCUACCCCCUGAGGUGAAGCUUGGUGAUGUCGCUUCUAAGAAGACCACGACGAGACAGCCGGACUCCUCAUCCGAAAGGGAACCUCCGCAGAGUUCCAGGGAAAACAUUCCAGAAGUUAAAGAAGAACCGAAAGCUGUAGAACCUGAUCAUAGCCAGAAGAACGAUAAGGCUGCUAAAGAAGAUGAACCAGCUGUGACAGAAGGCACGAUGGAGUGGCCAGCUAAGGACGAAGACUCGGAGCCGACACCAGCGGUGCACCCGCCUCCGAAGGACAGCAGACCAGGCACCGAUAUCUUGGACGAAUUUGAAAGAACUUUUUCAACGAUAGCAACCCCCAACAUCGGUCGGCGAGUAUUCUGCCCACAAGUCAGCGCGCGAGGGUUGAACUGGAACUGGACUAUGGCGGGCACGUAUGCCGUGCAGCCGUGUCCUGGUGGAGCCACGGGGUUGGCUAGGUGGAAAUGCACGCUAACUCCUCACCAGUUCACUGAGGAAGAGCGUCCUCGACGCCGCGGCACCGGUCUACCUUCAGGCGAGAACUUCCAUGACCUUGGCCUGGACCAGCCCAGUGAUCGGCAGAUGGAACUCCUCAGGAGACUUGGCUCCGAAGCUUUGUUGAAAGGUCGUGACGGUGACUCUCCCGAACAUAUCAUAGACUACAGAGGAAACACUGGUCUGGUUGAAACAGCUGGCAACAUCGCCCAAGUGGCCAACGAUUUGAUAUACACUGAUGCAAUACCAGAAUGGCACGGCGCUACCCCUGACCUGAGCGAGUGUCGCUCCGUGUGGCUGAACAGCCUCGAGGCUCGAGUGAGGGAAGGAGAGUCACUGUUGAGCAUCAGCAAUGAUUUGGCACAGGUCACAUCAUCAAAGACACUAUACGGUGGCGAUAUGAUGACCACAACCAGUAUUAUGAAGAAGCUCGCUCAACGAAUGUCGCAGAACGUACAAACCUUCCCCGACCCGAGACAAAGAGAGGCGAUAGUCACUGAUAUGCUACUUGGAGUUAUUAAAACUGGGUCCAAUCUCCUGGAAGAAGCCCAGAGGUCUUCGUGGGCAGACCUCAGUUCUGAAGCCCAGAGCAGGGCAGCCAGUGCCCUGUUGACACAACUUGAGGAAAAUGCAUUUUUGUUAGCCGAUGCUGUUACAAAAGAGAAAACUAUACUACAGAUUGUGAAGAAUAUUUGUCUCUCAGUGAGGGUUUUGGAAGUAAAGAAUGUGGAAGACGAGACGUUCCCGUCACCCAUCGCGCAGGAGCAGUGGAAAGGCUCUGAGGACACCAUCACCAUACCCAAAGCAGCUUUACUUGACAACCGUCAGAACGAUCUAGUCCGCAUCGUCUUCUUCGCCUUCGACCGGUUAGAACAGAUCUUACCACCGACCUUCGGCAAGACUCCUCGGUUCCUCUCCAGCUUCCAAGCUGACAGCGGUACCUCUUCAUCUACCAGUAUCAACUCUGAAAAGGAGAAGAGGAAUGUUACUAGAGUACUGAAUUCUAAGGUGAUAUCAGCAAGCUUAGGCAACGGACGCCACAUCCAGCUCUCUCAGAUGGUGCAGAUCACGAUGAAGCAUAUCAAGGUUGAGAACGUUACCAACCCCGCUUGUGUCUUCUGGGAUUAUACGUUGCACGGCUGGUCUCCCGAAGGUUGCCAAGUGGAAUGGUCCAACGCGACCCACACAGGCUGUUCCUGCUCCCAUCUGACAAACUUCGCGAUUCUCAUGGAUGUCCACGGCGUGCCUCUCAGUGCUGCGCACGAGUUGGCUUUGCAGACCCUCACGUACAUCGGCUGUGGGAUAUCCACUGUGGCGCUGGCAGCAGCCAUUAUUGUGUUUACAUGCUUCAGGAAUGGGAAGCAGUCAGACCGCGCACUAAUCCACAAGAACCUCUGCGCCUGUCUCCUGGUUGCUGAAGUGGUGUUCCUCGCUGGCAUCGACAAGACUGACAACAGGAUCUUCUGUGGAGUCGUCGCUGGGUUGCUGCAUUACUUCUUCCUUGCUGCUUUCGCGUGGAUGUUCCUCGAAGGUUUCCACCUCUACGCGAUGCUAGUGGAAGUCUUCGAACCAGAACACCCUCGAGCCCGCUGGUACUGCACCUGCGCCUACCUGGUGCCGGCGCUGAUAGUCCUGGUGUCUGCUGCUGUGUACCCUGGGGGGUAUGGCACUGACAGGCAUUGCUGGUUGACCACUGAUCGGUGGUUCAUGAUGAGCUUUGUUGGACCUGUGAUUUUGGUGCUGGUGGCGAAUUGGAUAUGCCUGAUCAUGGUGAUCUACAUGAUGUGCACACAUUCUACCGUCUCCCUGAAAGCUAAGGACGACGCUAAACUAUAUAAGAUGAAGGUAUGGCUGAAAAGCUCGCUAGUGCUGGCCUUCCUACUCGGCUUGACCUGGACCUUCGGGCUGCUGUACUUGAGCGAGCAGACGGUUGCCAUGGCAUAUGCCUUCACGAUCCUCAACUCGCUGCAGGGUCUCGUCAUCUUCAUCUUCCACUGUCUGCAGAAUGAUAAGUUCCGCAACGAAUGCGCCCGCAUCGGCCGUCGUCACCGCUGGUUAUCCUGCUGCCUCCACUUCACGGGCCAACCCUCAGAGACUCUUCAGCAUAACAACGGUCCCACAGCCUCCUCCUCCAACCAUAUGGACACCCGCCAGGGUUCUGUGAAGAGUAGGAGGUACCAUCAGAGCGCGGCUGAUGUCGAUGAUGUUGUCGACCCUAGGGAUGUGACGAGUUACAACUUGCAACCUGAGGCUGCGCGGUGGAAUAUACGUCCUACGGCCCCGAUAUACGUUCCGAGUGAGGACGCAAGAUCGAUGCGAGUGCCUACUCCUCAAAAUAUUCCUCAUUCUACGUCUCACACUCAGAGUAUAGCUUCAAUGCAUAGCUAUAGGAACAAUAUCGAAGUUCCCAAUGAGUACCAGAACUUGAGAUCUCGGUCGCCAUCUUGUUUUUCGAACAAAAUGGCGGCGUCGAUUGGCGCGAACGAAUGGGCGGUGAUGGCGAAUUCUGCUAACGUAUGGAAGAACACUUCUUCUAAGCAUCACCCAGUGAACUCGUCGACGCUCCCUCAUCACGACACCCUGUCGCGUCAGCUCGCGCAGCAGAACCACAUGCACAGCCCCUACGAGUGCGACGCCUCCCUCGCGCCCCCCUCCCCGCGACACAAGGACGAGGAGAGCCCCCUCCACCACCCACAGGGGUACAACACAACCCGCAGCUACAACCAUGACUUCAGGAACCCCCACGUCUACAUGUCCCAGCACUCGCCAGGCAGCCAAGAAAUGAUCUUCCGAAAACACUACAAAGACGACCGCAGGAAACAUCAUCAUCAUCAUGGCAGCCAGAACAUCAACCAUACUUACUCCGAAAUCGCAAAUCAGCAAGGCAGGAUGUAUAGACGAGGAUCCGAACAAGAGUUCCGCGUCAUCCAAGACGAUCCCGUCUAUGAGGAAAUCGAAAGGAACGAGACACUUAUGUCAGAUAUGUCGGAUGACAACUCAGGUCCGGACAACUGCCGCCAGAAUCCUGGACACCACGGCUCUUCAAGCUCAAAGUUUUUUGGGGAUCACCGCCCACUUAUUUCGUACAGCCCCGGGGAACGGCACCACCAUGAGCAAGAGCAUUACGGGAAGUAUGGGAAGUGGGAUACCCUGGAGCGUUACGACCAGAGACACUACGAGAGCGGCCGGCUGAUGCACCCGUACCACCCGCCGCAGGAGAGCAACAUGCGAGCCCUGGCCGCAGUCCUCAACGGGGAGAACAACGUGGUGUGCCACCUGGAGCCGCACAACUCCUACGACGUGUACCAGCCGCAGAGUGCCAACCCCAGGACUGUCUCCCAGCCCAGUUUCUAAACAGUGCAAUUGAACAUGUGAUUAGACUGUGAACGUUCGUCUUAGCGACUUCGCGUGUGUACAGAAAUUUAGAACGGAAAAUUUUUCUAUGGACGUAGACUUAGAAGUCUUUGCAACACUUAAGAUUUAUUUAGAAAAACUUGCCAUAACGUGGACAUUAAUAUUUAUAGUAUAGUGACUUAAAUUUAAAUCACUUUUUUCACUGUGAUCCUAUUUAAAUAUAAUGGCUCAAGAUUCUAUAUCGCGACCAGGUACUUUGCGAAUUGGAUAGUAAUUUUGUAUAUAUGGUUAGCGUUUAGUACUAGAUAUUUAGUACUUCCAGUGUGACCUUACUAUCGUUACUACUUGGGUUACAAUCAUGGCAUUCUGUCGCAUUACAUGUUUUCUUACUGUAGGAAUGAUAUCUGUGAUGUCUCACUUCGUCGUUGUGUUUAGCGAGGUGACUCUUGGAACCGCUUCCUAGCUAGGGGCGACUUUAGGU